UGAUCAUAGGUAAAUUCAGGUCUGUGUGUGUAGAUCUAUGUCUGUGUGUACAGCUACCUAUAAAGUUUUAUUAGCAAGCUAGAACGACAGCAACAUGGCACCAUGAGCCUCUCCCUGGGGCUGGGGCACCUGAUUUGCCUGCCUCACUGCAAGGCUGUGCCCACAUGACGCCUGGGGCAGAAGAUGUGCUCCCAGCAGCACUUGCAUCCUGAUGGUUCUGACCCUCACCUGAAACAGCAAGAAAUCCAGCUUCAGGCGGUGAGUCUUGGUUCAGGUGUUGAUGGUACAGCACGGUCAGGAGGCCUUGCUUGCUGGGGGGGCUUCCCCAGUCACGAGGUCCCCUGGCCCCAACCCCCACUGUGAGCACACUGUGGAAGCCAAGCUCUGUGAAAGCUCCCUGGAAGUGGAUGAUGUAUGGUAUUAAUAAAGGAGAUGUGAAAUAUUCUAUCAGGAUGUUCAUGCCAGAACCAUGCUGGGAAGCACUGUGACCUCCCCUUCAGGUCUCUGCUGCAUAAGAGUUGCCAAAGGGUUUACUUCCCCACGAAAGAUCCUGCAUUCAGACCCCCAGACUGGGUGGGGGCCCAAGAAUUUGCCUUGCCAAGCUGUGGGGGCAGAGGGGCUGUUCAACAGGAUUGCUAAGCUGGUAGGAGGUAUCUCUUUAGCUUCUCUUGUGGGAGGCCUGCCUGUGAUAAGGCUGAGAGAGACAGAGAAAGGGAGGGGAGGGAGGGAGAGGGGAGGGGAGAGAGGAGAAGAGGGGGAGAAGAAGGAGAAGGGGAAAGGCGAGAGGGAGAGAGAGAGGGAGGGAGAGAGAGAGAGAGCAUGCCUGGAUCAAGCCAUAGCUGAAGCCAUCAAUUCAGGUAUCUCAGAAAUACGAACCUGUAAGCCCCAGUACAUUCCCUCAUUUUUCUUACAGCAGAUGGAUUGCGGUUGUAAGAGUCUUGAACGCCACAGGGAUCAUUACCUAAGAGAUGUUGCUGUGAGGGUAAACAUGAGACCAAGACACUGCCCUGUGCUGAGUGCCGGGGGAAGGGCUUCCCAGAGGAGGCGACACAGAGCUUGUCGCAGGAGAGAGAGAGUGGGCACGGCCAUCAUUGGACUUCUGGCAACUGAGCUCAAGACUGAUGCACGCUGUGUCUUAGGGUGCUCUCCUGGGCUGAGCAGGGCCUGGAGCAGGCAGAUGUGCUCACAGCUGCCCGGUGCCGGGAUACCACAGCCACUGUCCUGCUCAGUCCAGCCCUGGGCUUUGGUGUCCAGGCGGGAGAAACUUGGCUCUGUUGAGCUUUUCAAAAUAAAGUGGUUUUUAUUUCAUAUUCACGAGAGAGGUUGCAAAAGAGACUCAGGGUCGCUGCUUUUCAUAUUAUUUAUGCAUUUGCCCCCCCAUCUCUCUUCCCAAAAGCAAGUCACAAAAGGGCCUUUGUUCUCCACAAGUUCAAAGCCAGCUCCUCCAAGGGGAGACUUCUGGGCGAUCACACGGGAGGCUGCUGUUCCAACGGCUGGCUGUCAGAGCAGAAAUACGGUCCGAGUCAGGGUUCCGGCAGUUUGCACGCUGCAGGAGCCGCCUGAAUGGUUUCCAGUGUGA